GUCGUCAGGGGCGUCUUCCUGUUGCAGAAUCCUGGUUCCUUGUGCUGAGGUCCUGAGACUAUGUACUCAUCUUUGUUCAUCAUCCAGAAAGAUGAUCAGCCAGUUCUCCCUCCCAGUGAUGUUGGAAUCAUAGUGAAAGGUAUGUUUUCAUUGCAGAGUGGUAUGAUCCAAAUGCUUCACUUCUUCGACGUUAUGAGCUUUUAUUUUACCCAGGGGACGGAUCUGUUGAAAUGCAUGAUGUAAAGAAUCAUCGCACCUUUCUAAAGCGGACCAAAUACCAAGAUCUGCACUUGGAAGACUUAUUUAUAGGAAACAAAGUGAAUGUCUUUUCUCGUCAAUUGGUGCUGGUUGACUAUGGGGAUCAAUAUACAGCUCGCCAGCUGGGCAGUAGGAAAGAAAAAACAUUAGCCCUGAUUAAACCAGAUGCAGUAUCAAGAGCUGGAGAAAUAAUUGAAAUAAUUAAAAAAUCUGGAUUUAUUAUAACCAAACUCAAAAUGAUGAUGCUUUCAAGGAAAGAAGCAACAGAUUUUCAUGUAGACCAUCAAUCAAGGCCCUUUUUAAAUGAGCUGAUCCAAUUUAUUACAAGUGGUCCUAUUAUUGCCAUGGAGAUUUUACGAGAUGAUGCUAUAUGCGAAUGGAAAAGAUUACUUGGACCUGCAAACUCUGGGGUGGCACGUACAGAUGCUCCUGGAAGCAUUAGAGCCUUAUUUGGAACAGAUGGCAUAAGAAAUGCGGCUCAUGGCCCUGAUUCUUUUGCUACUGCUGCCAGAGAAAUGGAGUUGUUCUUUCCUUCGAGUGGAGGGUGUGGUCCAGCAAACACUGCUAAAUUUACGAAUUGUACCUGUUGCAUUAUUAAGCCCCACGCUGUCAGUGAAGGGCUGCUAGGAAAAAUCCUGAUGGCUAUCCGAGAUGCAGGUUUUGAAAUAUCAGCUAUGCAGAUGUUCAACAUGGAUCGGGUUAAUGUUGAAGAGUUUUAUGAAGUUUAUAAAGGAGUAGUGUCUGAGUAUAAUGAGAUGGUGACAGAAAUGUAUGCUGGUCCUUGUGUAGCAAUGGAGAUUCAACAAAAUAACCCUACGAAGACAUUUCGAGAAUUCUGUGGACCUGCUGAUCCUGAAAUUGCCCGACAUUUAUGCCCUGGAACCCUGAGAGCAAUCUUUGGUAAAACUAAGAUCCAGAAUGCUGUUCACUGUACGGAUCUGCCUGAGGAUGGCCUAUUAGAGGAUCCUUUUGAAAGGCAGCUUCACUCAGACAGGAUGCUGGGACAACAGGCAUAAACCAGAACUGACAAAGGCAAACUAGUAUGUAUGACCACCCUGUUAAUAUUCCAAGAAGAAAAAGAAGGGGACAUGUUACUUCUCCUUAAUCUUUCUCUAAUAUUAUGUGUCCUGAACUGUGUUGGUUUGUGUCCUACAUAUAGGGCUAAGAAAGUAUUAUUUCAGUUUAUUUUGUCAUCUCCAUUAUUUCAUUUAUUUAUUCUUACAGUGAAUAAUUAUAGAGCAUGUUUUACUUGCUGACAUUGUGAUAGGGUUUCAAAUUGAAACAAGAUAUUUUCCUUGUCUUCAUAGAGCUCCCAAUAAGUUUUCAGAUAUCAAGGAUCUUAGCACGAAUAUAGACAAUCUGAGUUCAUUGAGUGCCACUUUGUGGUUAUAGACCAAAAAAAAAAAAAAAAAAAAAAA